AUGACGUCCACAACUUCUCCAACAACCCAACCCCCCUCCUCCUCAUCUGCAUCCUUCGCCUCGCCCCCGUCCGUCGUCGUCACCGACAAAGAUGACCUCCCCACCCUCCUCAUCCAAAUGCAAGAAACCAUUUCCCAAAUCCACACCACCAUCAUCACCCUCCAGCCGCCCUCCGCCGAGCCCGACUACGGCGCCGGCGGCGGUGAUCCCUAUCCCAUCGCCUCCCCCGAGGAACGCCUGAAAAUCACCGACCUCGUCACCCGUCGGGAGUCCGCCAUUCGCUCUUUGCUUAAUGCCUUUACGGCCGAGACACAAUUCCUCUCGCAGAAGCGGCGGGUGGAGCGCGAGGAGAUGCUAGAGAGGAGAAGGGCGGAAGAUGCAGAGCUGCAGAGGCGAAGGAGGGAGGAGGAUGAGCUGUGGGAGGAGAGAUUAAGGCAAGAGGAUGAAGAGAGGGAGCGCACGCUGGAGAAGGAGAGGGGGGACGUGGAGAGGGAGACGGAGGCGUUGAUGGGGGAGAUUGAAAAGGCGUGGGAGAGACGGUGGGAGGAGGAGGUGGGGAGGUUGAGGGGGUUGGAGGGGCGGAGGAAGGAACUGAAUCGGUUGAUUGAGGAAAAACUCCAAGUCCAUACGGAGACUCCGUUGCCGCUUAACUCGAGAGCUAUUCGAGAGGCGAGAAAGGCGAGUGCCGCCCAGAUGCUUGAACCAGAGCAACCUUCUCAAGCCCAGGAGGAGCCAGUCGAGACACAUGUCAACGAAAGGGGUUACCUCCCCGCUGCAGCGUUCGAGAACGCUCCUCCCGACUCUGGCAGAUAUUACAAACUUCCCGACAGCGAAAGCGAGCAAGAAGAGGAAGAGGAACCACUUCCACAAGACGCCCCGGUCGAAGAAACCGGCUCGGAACUCUCCCACCUCAAAGACAAGAUGGCAUCAAUGAGCAUGGACGACCUCCUCAAUAGACCCGACGAGCUUAGUGUUGCUGCCCCCGUAGCCGUUGCUGUCUCGAGACCUACCUCUCCCGUUGCCCGGACUCUCUCCGCCGCUGCUGUCGGCAUGGAGGAAGACAUGGAGGAAGAUGUUGCUAAUACCGUAUCUGUUGGAGAUUUAGCUGCUGCGGAAGAAACUUCUGAUGAGCCCGUCCCGGAAGACAAACCGUCUGAUCCCCUUCGAGAACGGAAGGUGGAGAUCGAGACAAAAACCACAGAUACCAAGACAAGCCUGGUGGACGUGGAGUUUCGAGGGCUUCCAUUCUCUGAGUAUACGAUGGACAGGAACCCUCGUUCGGCUGGGUUCGCGGAGGUCGAUGAAGAGGGGGAGGAGGUGGAAGAAGGGGAGGAAGGGCAGCAUUGUGGGUUGCCGGUUGGGCAUCAUCACGUCGGAUCUAAUGAUACUGCCCCUGUUGUUGUCGAGCGGGCUGCUACGGAAGAGUUCCGGGGGAGGCAUGAUAGUUUGGGGAUUAUUCAUCCUCCUGCUGCCCCUGCAGAGGACGGCCACAGGGGCGCCAGAGUGGAAGAAACAGAUAAGGCUGGACGAGGGACAGGCUCGAGCCCGGAGUCGGAAACUUCUGAUUACACACCUUACACACAAGCUCCCUUUGAUUUUGCGGUCACGUCUGCUGACCAUGAAGCCGACCAUGGCAUCGACACUCAUACCAAACCUCCCGAUACCGAAAUCCCUACCUCUACAGACCAUGCAAAUUUGAACCCUCCCGAAACCGGCUUCCCUACUACACACCCAACCAACCCUCCAGACACCGCCCCUGCCAAUGCCGAUUCCAAUACCGACACCGAAACCAACCGAACCUCAGCCUCAACCUUGGAACCAACUCCAGAAGAAACUUCCCACACUGAUCUCCCCGACACCGUCCCCACCCUCCUCACAAUCCCCUCCAACGUAGACACAAACGCAGAAGCGGACUCCUCCAUCUCCACUGCCUCCGAACGCGGUUCCUACACGGACAUCAACGAGCCCACAUCUCCUCUUUCUCCCACGGCCGCCAAGGCGAUGGAGGAAGAUGACGAUGCGGAUUUCGUUCCUGAGCAGUGGCAGGGUGGAGAGGACGUGCAGUUACAGGGUAUGGAGAGGGAGGGUGAGGGAGAACAUGUGAUGGGGCAAGGGCAAGGGCAAGGGCAAGGGCAGAAGGAGGGGGAGGUGCUGUUGGAUGAGAUAGAGGAUGUCCUGGAUGAUGACCUGCUUGAGCCUGAUGAACAAGAUGUUGAUCAUCAUUCUGUGGAGAGGGCUCAGGGAUGUAUUGAUUUGGCUGUUGCGGAGAUUGAGAGGGAGUGGGAGCGGGAGCACCAGCAUGAACAUGAACAAGAACAUGAGGGAGAGGAAGAGCGGGAGCAGGGCGUCGAUGAAGAAGCAGCGCUGCAGAAGGAAGUCAUAGAGAAAGAAGUCCUCCAAGGCUUGGUCGAUGACCCUGUCGGUCCGGCGCAUGAUGGGCGUUUCGAACUGCAGGAGGAGGCAACGAGAGCGAGGGGAGUGUUGGAGCCGUAUGCCAGUGAGGUGGAUUUGGGACAGGGUGCGGCACAUGAUCAGGAGGAGGCGCAAAAGUAUGAAGAGGCGGAGGGUCCGGUUAUGGGUGUGGAAGGGGUCGCUGAGCCCUGCGUUACCAGGGUGGAAUUGCAUCCUCCUAGUCAUGGGCCUGAGCAUGAAGAUGAGUCGGAGCCUGAGCCUGUCCCGGUUGAGGAGCUCGUCAGGGAGCAAGAGGAGAUGGGCCUAGGUCGACCCGAACCACACGACUUGGCCGAGUUUGGACACGACGAGGGUCAUACACCAGUACAGAUCCUCGACAUGGACCGCCAUCCCCUCGACCCUUCCCACAUCCCUUUUGCCGUUGGCGUGGCCCUCACCCACAGCGAACCAGUGCAGAUGCACCACACUCCCAUCGAAGAAGGCGAUCAUGAACCAGCGCAUUACUUCGUCAACCAGCAUCACGUCCCGCACAGCACCGACGACUAUUACACCCCGGCUGAAUCCCCUCUUCAUCGUUACGAUCACCACCAGGAGCAUCUUGAUGAUUCGUAUGCUUCUCACGACCAUGCGGCGGACCAGGAGGCAGAUGAGGAGGUACACCGCGAGCGCGAGGUUGCCGACGUUAGUGAAGAAGUGGAAGAAGACGUCCAACCUCGGUACCAGCUCUACGAGAGACCUUAUACGCCUAGCGACUUGGCUCCUACUCCUGGGUUGGAGGCCAGUUUUCAUUCUGCUGAACACGCCGCUAGCAUGGAUGGACAGCCAGAGGUGGUCGUUACUUUGCAGCCUGACACUCGAGAAAAGACUGCUGAUGACCAGCGGGAUGAUUGGCCGGGAAAUGACCAUGAGACUGAAGACGAUGAUGAUGAUGAAGUGGGCCAUCAGCUCGAGCGCGUCCCUAGCCGACAGGAUGUCACGGAAGAAGCAGAGAGUCAUGGACCAAGUGUGGAUGACUUCCCUGCUACUGCUGAGUAUCAGCAUGCUGAGCAAUCUGGGGACAUGCAUCAUCGUGAUAUGGAGCCUGGUCCUGAGCAUCACAGUCAUCAGGAAGACUACAACGAAGACGUCCAUGUCCAAGAAGCCUUGUCGUCCGAGUCUGAAAGCGAGGACUUUGAGGGUAGGGAUGAUCUUGUGACCCACCAUCUUGAUGUGAUUGCUGAGGAAGUGUGUGACGAAGGUGAACCUGAGUUCAGCGAUGGUGUUGAGCGGCGUGACAUGGCUGCCGAGGCAGAGAAACAAACCGAAGGUCAUGUUGGUGAUGAUGAGGGUGAAGCUGCUACUGCUGCUUUUUCCGACGAACAUGACGUUCCCGUGGAUGAAACAAGCAACGCGACACUCUUCUCCAGCGACAUUGUCCAGUCCGUGGCUGAUGCCGAAGAGAGAACAGAAGGUCUUAUCCCCCCUCAUGAUACCGUUGAGUCAGUACCGGAUGACGUUCACGGCUAUGACAUGGAGCCGAAUACCCACACCUUUGUCCGUGAGCAACAUGAGACCAAAUGCACAGGAGGCUCUGAUGUUGACAACUUGACCGAGGACUCCGUGUAUGAAAGAAUCGAUGAAGGAGGUACCGAGACCAGAUCCUCUGAGGGGCGGCCUGCUUUCGAUGAAGCUCCUGACUUAGAGGCUGCCCACCCUGUAACGGAAAAAGAGCAUGCCUCGCAUGAGCACCACGAAGCAGACGAAGACCAACAACCUCAUGAUAGCCGUGAUGACAACGAGUACGACCCCUUUCGCUACUCGUCCCCUAAGACGAUUGCUGAAGAGCAUGUGACUCCCGCGGAGUAUCCCGACGUCCAAGGAUCAUCUGACAAGAUCUUGAGUGUGGAGGAGCCGACGUCUGUGUUGAGCCAUGAACAGGCGGCGAGGGCUGAGAAGAGUUUGGCAGAGGAGUUAGAGGGUGUUGGUGAGGAGGAGGCUCAGGAGAGUGAUUAUGAGGGUCAACAUGACAAUCACAUUGAAUACAACGACGAAGGGCAGAAUAUUCAGCAAGAGGAGCAUCAUGCUGAGCAGUCCCCUGUUGGGCAGGUGUCGGUUGAGGACCAGACUGACCGUGGUUAUCAGCCCAGUGGUAAAGAGGAGGAGACAGUUGCUGAUGAUGGUCACUCGCACAACCACGACAAGGCCGACGCCCAACCGUCACAGCCAUGUGAGCCUCCAGUCCUGCAACUCACAGAGCCUAGCGAUACCGAAAACGGCGAGUUCCCUUCGGAGACCUCCUCCAUCUCUUACCAUCCGCAUGCUGUUACAAGGGGGGAGGACAUGGGCAGGGAUUGGAGCGAGGUAGACCAGUUCUUGUCUGAGUCGGAUUAUGAGGAUGAGGUCAAGGAAUCUGAGCAUGUUGAAGAGACUGGUGUAGCUGCUGAUACCGUUGCUCAUGCUCAUCCUUCCGUUAAUGUUGACAUUGAUGCUGAGGUCGAAGCAGCUCUGGAGACCCCGGUCACUGAGGCCAAACCCGCCGACGACACGGCUGAGCGACAAGAGCGCCAUGAUGAUCACGUCGGGAAUCAUCACUCCCCUGAGCCUGCGCAAAGCCAAGAGACGAAUCUCGAAACUCAAGGCCAUAUGUCCCACGACACCCAACAGCAACCCAAAGAAGAAGAGGAAGAGCUCGUCUCCCACCACGUAACUAACCGCGCCUCACGCUCCGACACCGUCAAUACCGCCGCCACUUUCGCCACAGCCGACACCUCCGGCACCGUUCCCACCGCCUCCUCCCCUCAAUCCGCUCGCAGCGGGACAACCCUCUCCUCCGGUCCUAGUUCCCCCGUCGAAGAAUCUGGACAAGACCCGCGGAUCCGCGACAUGGACAGCGUCGGCGACAACAUCGGUCGUCCGCGCGGUGGCAGUUCGUUGACCGACGCAGGGACUGAUUACAGCGGCGGCGGGUACGGUGACAGCCUAGCGCAUGACAAGGAGCAUGAUAUAACGAACAGGGCGUCAACACCAAAAAUAAUGGAGAUGUGGCACCAGCGAGAGGCCAGCCUUUCUCGUAAUGAGGAGGUGAGGCUCUCAGGGGAGAGUGUUGGCUCUUCCAGCCAGAACCGUGUCACAUCAAGCAGCGGCAGUGGCAGCGGUAGCACCGGAGGAGGAGGAGAAAGAGGAGGAGGCAGCUCCCUCUUCCAACGCAUGCGCUCCGUCUUUGAACAAUCCUCCUCCUCUCCCUCCUCAGCAUCGGCGCCAGCUGCUUCUACCUCCAGCAACCGCGUUUCCAUGCCCUCCUUCUUCACCAAGUCUCACGCUGCCAGCCCCUCGCAGUCUGCCUCUGUCUUUGAGAGUACAGUUGUAAAACAAAGACCGAUGAGCACUUCUCCGUAUCCUGCCUAUUCCAGCUCUCAUCAUAAGAAUCUUAAUGGUUACGGACCCCCUGCAUCCACACGGUCAACAGAACGAGUAGAAGCCGAAGAAGCAGGUGAAAAUAGGGGUUUGCUUCAUCGAGAUGCCGCUGAGGAUACCUCAAGCGAGGGCUACGGCGAGGAGUACGAGCGUGAAAGGGAAAGAAGAGAAGAAAGGAGGAGGGAGGAGUGGAGAGAGGGACAACGUGCUUAUGGCGAUGAGAGUGCUGGUACAGUGAGUACCUCUCGGUAUGACUACGGGGAGUAUGGGCCGGAGUAA